GGCGGAGGGCGGGGGUCCGAGGGCCGGAACAGCCGCGGUAAGUGGCGGUGACGGAGGCAGCUGAAGCGGCGGCGGUGGCAAGCGGGGGUCGCAGCGGCGGCGGCGGGCCCAGACCCGGGCCGAGGAGCCGGGCGCGAUGGAGCGGAAGAGGUGGGAGUGCCCGGCGCUCCCGCAGGGCUGGGAGAGGGAAGAAGUGCCCAGAAGGUCGGGGCUGUCGGCCGGCCACAGGGAUGUCUUUUACUAUAGCCCCAGCGGGAAGAAGUUUCGCAGCAAGCCGCAGCUGGCGCGCUACCUGGGCGGCUCCAUGGACCUGAGCACCUUCGACUUCCGCACCGGCAAGAUGCUGAUGAGCAAGAUGAACAAGAGCCGCCAGCGCGUGCGCUACGACUCCUCCAACCAGGUCAAGGGCAAGCCCGACCUCAACACGGCGCUCCCGGUGCGGCAGACGGCGUCCAUCUUCAAGCAGCCGGUCACCAAGAUCACCAACCACCCCAGCAACAAGGUCAAGAGCGACCCGCAGAAGGCGGUGGACCAGCCGCGGCAGCUGUUCUGGGAGAAGAAGCUAAGUGGACUGAGCGCCUUCGACAUCGCAGAGGAGUUGGUCAGAACCAUGGACCUGCCCAAGGGGCUGCAGGGCGUGGGCCCCGGCUGCACCGACGAGACGCUGCUCUCCGCCAUCGCCAGCGCGCUGCACACCAGCACCAUGCCCAUCACGGGCCAGCUCUCGGCCGCGGUGGAGAAGAACCCCGGCGUGUGGCUGAACACCACGCAGCCCCUGUGCAAGGCCUUCAUGGUGACCGACGAGGACAUCAGGAAGCAGGAGGAGCUGGUACAGCAGGUACGGAAGCGGCUGGAGGAGGCGCUGAUGGCCGACAUGCUGGCGCAUGUGGAGGAGCUGGCCCGUGACGAGGCACCCCCAGAUAAGGCCUGCGCCGAUGAGGACGACGAGGACGAGGAGGAGGAGGAGGACGAGGAGCCUGAGCCAGACCCGGAGCUGGAGCACGUCUAGAGCAGGUGCCGCGAGGACGGAGCCUGCCGGAGCAUCUGCACUGUCCCCGCCUGGGGCUCACGGGGUCCCCUCUGCUCCUCUGCAGGUGCCUGCCCACCCCGCUCCGCCCCUGCACCUGGCCCUGUGCAGGGCGGCGAGGACUCAGCCGGGCUCCCCAUCCGGGUGCCCUCCAGCCUCGGGGUGUGGCCGAGGUCACCGCCCCAUGGACCUGGGCCUGUGGCAUGUCCACCUCGGGCCAGCGGGACAGGAGGCCCUGCCACAUAGGACUCGGGCCGAGGCGAGCAGGACAACGCCCAUGGGCUCGCCCAAUCCCCCAUGCUGUGAGGCCGGCCCUGCCAAGCUGCCACGAACUGGAGAACAUUCUGGAAACAGUAACCCAGCCCUGCGUCAAGGAACGCAGUCCCCAGCUAGCAGGCCAGCCCCUCGGGACCCCAUUGCCACAGCCCCACAGAGGGCAGAGGUGGUGGCCCCCAAAAGGCACCUAUGCCAUGGACCCUGGAAGCGGAUUUCUUUGAAUAAACGGAUGCCAUGAGUGCGGCUGGCCCCUGGCAUCACUGACCUUGGCA